AUGAGUCUAAAAGAAAGAGCCCACGACUUCUACACUGCCACCGUGCUCCCGAAUUUGGGGGUGCUGCUUCUCUUGGUGGCUCAGUUUUUCAACUCCAUCAUGAUCGUCACUUGCAAGUUGUUGGAGACAGACCCACAGAACAAGGAUAAGCCCAUCCACCCGAUGCAAAUCUUGUUCAUCCGAAUGUGUAUCACCUACGUGCUUUGCUUGGUUUACAUGGUCACGACGAGGUCGGUGGAUCAUGCUCCCUGGGGGCCCCGGGACCAGAGGGUACUUUUGGUGCUCAGAGGGAUCUUGGGCUUUUUUGGCGUUUACGGUUUGUACUUCUCCUUGCAGUAUUUGAGUCUUUCUGACGCUGUUUCCAUCACGUUCUUGAUCCCCAUGGUGACCCCUUUCUUUGCUUGGAUCUUCUUGCACGAGCGCUACUCCAUUCUAGAAGGAGUAUGUGCGUUGCUCUCGUUGGCAGGCGUGGUGCUUGUGGCAAAGCCUGAAUUCAUAUUUGGCGCUAGACUGAACUCAGGCAACGAGAACGAAUCCACAGAAUCUUCAUCCACUGAGCUCAGACUCCUAGGCACUGGUGUCGGGCUCCUAGGCGUCUGUGGUGCCUCUGCAGUGUACAUCUUGCUCAGGAAAAUCGGCAAACUGGCUCAUCCUCUCAUCUCGGUCAGCUAUUUUGCAUUAACCACUUGCGUAGUGACCUUUGUCAGUACCCUUGUGCUUCCCUCGGUGUCGUUUGCUCUUCCUCGCAGCGGCUACCAGUGGUUCUUAUUUGCUCUAAUAGGCGUUUCGGGUUUCUUGAUGCAGUUCUGUUUGACUGCUGGCUUGCAAAGGGAAAAAGCAGGCAAAUCCUCUCUCAUGAUCUACUCUUCCAUGGUGUACGCCUUGAUCUGGGACUUGACAAUAUGGGGUCAUCUUCCUGGUCUCUUGAGUAUCUUGGGAACUGGGCUCAUUGUGCUUAAUGCGUCGAUUGUGAUCAAGUACAAGCCUGCCAACUCAGACCAGCCUGUCGAAGAUUUGGAGGCCGAAGGCGGCAAGUACGCGGCUCCAACCGACAUUGACUUAGACAAUUUCAUCGUCACCGACGACGAGGAAAGCUCGUAA